UUUUUGGCGGGAACGCGAGGAGUGAAGUUGUGUGAUUUGUUUUAUUUUGUCUAUUUAGUGUUUCUUCGGGUUUAAAUGUGUAAUAAUGGUGGUUUAUUAACCGUUUAAUAUCUGUGAAAGUGCACAAAUGUGGGAAAAUGAAACAAAGCCCCUGGACGUAACUUCUCGGGAUCCUCCAAAAAGUCCACUGAAAAAUCUUAGUAAAUGACCACCAUUUUACUGAGAUUAGACGUCAUCUCAUAUCAUCUCAUUUAAUUUCAUCCUAGUUGAUUAAUGUCUCAAAUUAAUCAUUUUCAUUUCAUUUCACUCCAUAAUAUCAUUUUUCAUAAAAUUAAGAAUAUAGAUUAAAAUAAGACAUGACUUAAAGGUCUCAGUUACCAGGUCAUAAAAUCUCUUAAAAAAAAAGAACUAUUUUGAAUUUCCCGUGACGGGUAUUUAAUAAAACUGUAGAUGUACAUAAUUUUAUUUAUUCCCUGGUGUUUAAUAUCGAAAUAAAUAUUCAAUUUCAUUUAAUUUAAUAGGUUAAAAGGUACCAAAGAUACCAAAUCUUCAAUUACGCAAAACUAUUAAAUUGAAAUGUAAAAUUUUAAAUAGGACCCUAGUCAUUCUACUCUACGUACAUAGAAACUUAGCUACCGCAUUCUAUGAAACAUGAGUCUAGUAAGUUGUGCAGUUUCAGAAGAAGCCAACAAAAUUAAUAGUGAUAAUGUAAAGAAAUAUCAACAUGAACUUUUACCGAAACUGAAGGAUUUGACUGAGCGAGUACAACUUUUAUCGUGGGCUCUCCAACAGAAUGUGAUAGAUACAUACAUUAAUUACACUGUAACGAAGAGUCUAGAACAAUUGAAUUUUAAAAGUCGUAAAUUGAAAAUUGAUAAUGACUAUAAUACACUAGAAGAAGAAUUAAGAACUUUCACUGAAGAUUUUAAUGAUAACGAUGGAAUUAUGAAGAACGCGGAAGCAUUGCACAAAUCCUACCAUAUUUUAAAGGAUUUAUGUGUUUUAGGGGAAGCUAAAAGUGUUAUAAAUCGAGCAAAUCACGAAUUUAACAGAUAUAACUAUUCUGAAGCAAUGUUGUCUUUAAAAAACUUAAAAGGUCAGUUAGAUAAUGUUAAAGCGGAUGGGAAUGUUGCUAAAGUAGUUCUUAACUUAUAUGAUCAUGUUGAGAAUCAACUAGCACUUUUUACCGCGCAUUUAAGCAUUGAAUGGGAAGACGUAUUCACUUGGAGCGAGAAAAAAGGUUUAAAUUUCUUGAUUUACUCAUUAUCAGUGCAACAAAGUGAUCAGGUGCUGUUACAGAGGAUCUUAAAUACAUUGUAUGUUACUGACAGAAUGAAGGCUGAGCUCUGGUCUUUCUCUGAUUUCUUCAUAAAUAAACUAGUACAUAAUGUUAUAAGACAUAAUUGUGAUAUAUUUACUGAAGAUCACAUUGGUGCUAUAGUCUUCAACAUAAAGAUUGAUUUAAGUGACAACACUAAGCCAAAUUAUCAAACCAUAUUUAACAACUUAACUGCCAUAUUUGAAUUUCUGCAAUCAACAUUAGGUUCUCAGUUUCAAAGCGAUGAGACAUUCACUCAGAUAUUUGCAAAGUCAAUAAAAAGUGAUUUCUUUGAUAAAAUUAUAGAAGACUGUGUAAGAAGUAAUUUGCAGUCUUAUGAUGGCAGCUAUCAAAGUUACAAAAACAUUGUCAUAGAACUUGAUUCGUUCAAUAAAUUUUUAAUUGAAAUUAAAUUUGUCGAUCCCGAUGAUUCACCUCUGAACAGCUACAUAGAGAACACAGAAUGUUUACUUUACAACAAGAAAUGUGAAAAGUUAUUGAUCAACGUUAGAAGUUUAAUUUCCCAGAGUUUAUCAUAUGAUUCAAUUGAAGUAGGCUCCACAUUAAAUGACAAUAAGACAGAUCAAUCUAAUAAUGAAAUACCAUGGGAUCUAAAUGCACCAGUAUACUUACCAAAAUGUAUGAUUUCACGAAAUGUUAAAACAAUAAUGACACUGAUAAAGGAUCAUUUGGAAGAAAGCUCAAAACUUCCAGAAAAGUACAGUAUGAAGUUUGUGUCUUAUAUUAAAGAUAUUGCAGUAAUGUAUCAAUGUGUUGUACCAAGAAAAUUCAAAAUUAACUUGGAAAGCUGCCCAUCUGAUAUUGCACUAUUCUUUAAUAACUGCUACUAUCUGGCACAUGGGCUUGUUGGCCCACCAUGGUGUACGACUCUCCCACAGGACUUAGCUGAUCGUCUUGUACUGGUACUCUUUGAAUGCAUCCAAGAUCUUAGAGUUUUGGGAUUGGAGAAGCUAUCACUGUACUUACAACAACAGAAAACUGUUAUUCAAGAGGGCAUUCAGCCUAAAGAAUCAACAUCUUGGACCCAUGAAGAGUUUGAGCACUUUGACUGUGGUAUCAAUCGAGCUAUGACCCUAAUGAAAGAACUAAAGACCUCAUGGCUCCACAUACUGCCGUCUCGGAUGUACGUUAUGUCUAUGUGUACCCUUAUUGAGGUUUUAUGUGAAACUGUAUUAAACCGUAUUUUCUGCGACAUCAAGCAUGUCAGUGAAGAUUUGGUAUACUUGAUUGCCACUAGAAUUGAGGAUACUUUAGAGGAAGUUGUCACAUUGUUUGAGGAACCAAUUGAAUUAGAAGAACAAAUAUCUAUUUGGAUAAAGUUUUCAAGAAUGCCCCUGUUACUGAAGGCCCAACUUCUAGAAAUUUCCGAACUAUGGAACAAGGAUCGUGAAUUAUUCAGCGAUUACACUUGCGAGGAAUUCAGACAUGUCGUGAAAAUGCGCUUCGCCGAUGAUAAAUAUAGAUUGAAAAUAUUGAAAGAAAUACAAUAAAUAAUUUUGAGCA